AAAAAUAGAUCCUGUAUUUUUAAACAAUUAUGUUUUUGUUCCAUUUAAAGAUACCCCAUUUCAUAAAAUUUAAAUUACUCAUAUGUGACAUUCCAUUUCUACAGUUAUUUUUUCAUGGGAAUUUUACUACUUUAAUUUAAAUGUCACUGUAUGAAAGUUACAUUUAUUUUUGACAUGCUUUAUAUUUUUACAUUUGAAACGACAGAUAAUGGCUGCCAUGAGCUUCCGCUGUGCAGCAUGAGAGCGGAGGCUCGUUUACUGUAUAGUGUAGGCUCGUACUUCAUAGCGGAGGCUCACAGCAGCCGUGGGUUACCUCCCUCGCUGGAUUUUUCCAGCCAAGAUUGUCUGUCUUCACUACAACGAUCCUAUCCUUUCACCCCUAUCCUAAUUUAUUUUUAAUCAAUCAAUAUAAUUAUUCUAUUGUGAUUUCGCUUCUUAAAGAUUUUUCUUAUUAUUUAAUCUGUAUUUAGCCAUUAAUUGACAUGAUUUAGGGAUUUCAACGUUAUAGAUUAUAAAAUUAGUAUUCAUAUUUGUAUUGUAUUGGAAUUUAACGCAGUAUUUAAAUGCAAGAAUUAAUGUUUGAUGAUUAUAUUUCUUUUACUUUAGACAAUUUCAUGUUAAAAAGAUCACAUUUUUCAGAAGAAUGAAACCGCCCUCGGUAGAGUCUAAUUAUCAGGCGGAGGAAGAUAUAAAAAUGUCAUCUGAGAUAUUUAUGGAGUGUCCGGCACAGAUUAAGAGAAUGAAUAUUGUGGAGAAUAUUGAAGAAAUGAACUGGAUGAGCUCCCUUGUAUCCUCCCUAAGAAUACCGAACAGAUUUAGGAAAGAGAUAAAAUACUGCAAGCCUAUUCAGAAAGGAAUGUGGCCGGUCGUUUCUUCACUAUCUUCAACUCUAGGAAUUGCAGGAGUAUCUCAGGGUAAGACGUAUGGAUGGAUCCUGCCGCUAUUGAACCAACUGGAGACAAAGAAGAAUACAACAUAUGAUUUUCUUACUCCAGAUUAUGGAGGCGACCCAACAUGUCUUGUUCUUGUUCCUGAUCAUACAACAGCUGAAUCUCUUGCUGAAACUAUCAAGGAUCUGGUUCAUGACUCUAGGCUGGGUUUAGAAGUAGCAGUAGCACAUCAUGCAGUCUCAGAUCUAAAUCUGACAGUGUCUCUGCUCAACUCUCCUGAUAUACUGGUGGCUACCCCUCCUCAGCUACACAGAUUGCUGUACUCGUACAGUGCAUCCGUGAAACAGCUAUUCUACAUGAACAGAUGCUGUCAUCUAGUGGUGGAAGAUGCACACAAAACUUUAGAACUGUUCCCUGAAGAGAUGAUUCAUAUUACAAGGCAGUUCGAUGCAACCCAUCCAGACCUCCAUAUAAAGGCCAGGGAUAAUGAGCCUCGACCAUUCCAGCAGUUAAUUGUAGUUGGAGAAUACUGGUGUACAGCUAUACAGAAUUACUGCAGCAUGUUUUUGAACAAUGGAGUUACCCUAAUAGCAGAUAUGAUGGAGGGCGCAAUCAGGAGAGAGAUACCGCUGUUUCCAGCCUUCUUCUCCUCAACUGAGAAAAAAGUGGAGAAAAUCAUUCAGAUUUGUGAAGAUAAUCGGCAAAAUAACGUUGUUGUUAUUUGUAAGGAUAGAGAAGCUGGAUCACCUAUUUAUGAUAAACUACAGAUUCAAGGAUUUAAUCCAACUUUUCUACGUGAGGAAAAUGAAGAAGAGAAGGACAAUGUAUUGCUUGGUCUGGGUAAGAUAACUGCUGGAAGAAUUCUUCUUAUCACAGAUGUUUGGUGGAAUAUUUUUCCAGAGAAUCAGAAACUUCAGAUUUCAGGCGAUAUUCUGAUUCACUCUGAUCUUCCAUCUUCACCACUAACCUUCAAAUCUCGGUUCUCUAUACUUAGAGGUCAUAUGUCGAAGACAAGGGGGCUGGGGAAUGUAGUGUCCUCUCAUAUAUUCAUCUGCCAGCAGGAAUCCAAAUUAGUUUAUAUUAUUCAGAUUAUAGAUGAUUAUUAG